AUGGAUGACCCAGAAAAGACGAGGUCAAGGGUCGGCCAACUAAUCGAGCAGCUGCAGUUGAGCACAUCCUCCCCGCACGAGAAGGAGCUCACCACUGCUCGUCUGUUGGGCAUAGCUCGGGCGAGAAAGGAGGCGCGUGCCCUCAUCGGGUCCCACGGCCAGGCCCUCCCACUCUUCAUCUCCAUUCUAUGGGACGGGACGCAGCUGGCGAAGAUAAACGUGGCCUCGACAUUAAGCGUCCUGUGCCGAGAAGGCGAGCUAAGGGUAAAAGUUCUUCUGGGCGGGUGCAUCCCCCCACUGCUUUCCCUCCUAAAGUCUUCUGCUGCUCCCGAGGCCCGCAAGGCGGCUGCCGAGGCCCUGUGCCAAGUAUCUUCUGGUGGGCACGUCGGCAUGAAGAUAUUCGUGACAGAGGGCGUGGUCCCCACCCUGUGGGACCAGCUCAAUGUGGGGAACGACCGUGUGGUCGAGGGUUUUGUCGUUGGGGCACUGCGGAACCUGUGUGGCGACCAGGAUGAGCAAUGGCGGGUGACCCUCGAUUCUGGCGGGGCCCACGUGAUUGUCGGGCUUCUCCGCUCGGACAACCCAACAUCUCAGUCUAAUGCGGCUUCUCUUCUUGCCCGUCUCGUACUCGCUUUCCCUGAUGGGAUCCCCAAAAUAAUUGACUCUGGGGCUGUCAAACCUCUCAUCGGCCUUUUGGGUCAAAAAAAUGACAUCUUGGUGAGAGCGAGUGCCGCGGAAGCACUGGCCGCACUUUCUUCCAAAUCGGCAGAGGCUAAAAAGGUCAUAGCCAAUGCACAGGGGGUGUUAGUGCUUAUCGGGGCCGUAGUUGCCCCUUCUAAGGAAGGCCUGCAAGGAGAGUGGGCCCGUGCACUUCAGGACCACUCCACGCAGGCUCUGGCCCAUAUAUCCGGUGGGAUGCCGGCUCUGCUGCUCUAUCUCGGGGAGCUCUCGCAGUCGCCAAGGUUGACCGCCCCAGUUGCUGAUAUAAUUGGGGCGCUUGCUUAUGCGCUGACGAUUUUCGAGCUGGGUGAAGAUGGGGAGCCCUUUUCCGAUUCGGCUAAGGUGGAGAAUAUUUUAAUCAUGCUCUUGAAGCCCAGGGAUAACAAGCUGGUCCAGGAACGUCUUCUCGAUGCCCUUGUCGGUCUCUACGAAAACUCCUACUUGUCAAGUGGCGUGAUUAAUAAUGCGGACGCGAAAAGGGCACUCGUGGGGCUAAUAACAAUGGCGACCGGUGACACCCAAAAAUAUUUGAUUGUGUCGCUGAUAAAAUUAUGUACGGGGGAUGUGAGUGUAUGGGAGGCCUUGGGAAAGAGAGAAGGGAUUCAGAUACUGAUCUCGGCUCUCGGUUUGUCCAACGAGAAAAACCAAGAGUAUGCGGUCGAAAUGCUAGCGAUCUUGACCCAACAGCUGGACGACAACAAGUGGGCCAUCACAGCUGCGGGCGUAAUCCCCCCGCUCGUCUGUUUAAUACAAGUCGGGUCCCACAAGGCGAGGUUGGAUGCCACCCAUAUUUUAUGGAAACUGGGAUGUCAUGGUGAGGAUAUUCGAGCAUGCGUGGAGAGUGCGGGGGCCAUACCGGCCUUCUUAUGGCUCCUAAAAAAUGGUGAGCCAAAGGGGCAAGAGGCUGCUGCUGUGGCUCUAUUAAAGCUUGUCUGGGUCGCUGAUUCAUCCACAGUCAACCAAUUGCUAGCCAUGCUCGUUGGUAACUCACCGAGUUCCAAGGCCCAUGUCAUCAAGGUUCUGGGGCAUGUACUCUCCAGGGCAUCACUUGCCGACCUCGUGGAAAAUGGCGCCUUCGGUAAUGUGGGCCUGAGAUCACUCGUCCAGGUUCUUAAUUCAACCAACGAGAAGACUCAGGAAUAUGCGACAGCAGUUUUGGCAGAUUUAUUUCGUAACCGACAAGAUAUACGCGAUGGUCUCGCUGCAGAUGAAGCCAUCAGCCCUUGCCUAAAUCUCAUAGCCAACAAACCUCACUUAGCAUCCCCAGGGCUUGGUGCUUUGUCCGGUCCGGCCAAGAUCAAGACCAACAACAAGGCAUCCUGCAUUGUGGAAGGUGACGUUAGUUCCAUAAUCAAGGUGGCAAAAACAGCAUCCAUUGAUUUUGCUGAAAAUUCCAUGGCGACAUUAGCUAAUUUAUUGAGUGACCGGCGAGUGGCCGUGGAGGCUCUGGCUGAGGACGUUGUUACGGCCAUAACAAAAGUUUUGCACGAGGGUUCCUUGGAGGGAAAAGUGAGUGCUUCAUGUGCUCUUUACCAAUUACUUAAACACUUUCAUGUGAGUGAUGUGCUUACGAAGAGGUCUCAGUGUCGGUUUGCUAUCCUUGCGGUUGUUGAUUCUUUGAAUGCAAUGGAUAUCAACAGCAAAGAUGCAAUUGAUGCCUUGGAAGUAAUCGAUAUGUUAUCUAGGACGAGGCAGGGUCUCAAUGAGGUUCCAUCAAGCUUAGGACCGCUUGUGCGCUGCCUGUGUGAGGGUCCGCCUCAGGUGCAGGAUAAUGUGAUUGGGAUCCUGUCUAGACUGUCCAAGGAUCAGCCAGUCUUGCUGGGCGACUUACUAGUCUCGAAUUCAAGGUCGAUUGGUGCUUUGGCGGGUAGAGUGACGAAAUCAAACAGCCUGGAGGUAAGGGUCGGGGGAACUGCACUACUGAUUUGUGCUGCAAAGGAACAUAGGUCUAAGUCGAUGGAUGCACUUGGGGCAUCUGGAUACAUGAAACCACUUACUCAUGCAUUGGUGGAUAUGAUCAAGCAGAAUCCCACUUCUUCGUAUAUGGAAAUUGAAGUAAGGACCCCGAGAAGUUAUAGAGAUAGAUCUGCUUUCCGAAAUGGAAAUGAAUUUGAUGUGUCCGAUCCUGCAACUGUCUUGGGAGGGACCGUAGCCUUGUGGCUGCUAUCCAUAGUUUCUUCUUCAUAUCCAAAGAACAAAAGCACUGUGAUGGAAUCUGGUGGGCUUGACGCCUUAUUCGACAAGAUUGCAAGACAUGCCAACAGAGAUUUUGCAGAAUUAGAGGACACAGAGGGAUUAUGGAUCAGCACUGUUCUUGCAGCUAUACUUUUCCAGGAUGCUAACAUUGUCUCCUCCCCUAUGGCCAUCAGUUUCGUGCAGCCACUCGCCACUCUCCUCAAGGCAAAUGAAAUCAUUGACAGGUUUUUUGCCGUUCAAGCAAUGGCUAGUCUUGCGCGCCAUGGAAACAAGGGAAUAAAUCUUGCGAUAGCAAACACGGAUGCAGUGGAAGGCAUAAUAACCUUAGUGGGGCACUUGGGACCUUCAGACAUGCCGAAUUUGUUGGCCUUAUCUGAUGAAUUUGGUCUAGUCAGAAAUCCAGACCAGGUGGUCCUGGAGAAUUUAUUCCAAAUUGAUGAUGUCAGAGUAGGUUCUCUGGCUCGGAAGACCAUUCCUUGUCUUGUGGACCUGUUGAGACCGAUGGCUGACCGGCCGGGGGCCCCAGUAGUCUCCAUUAGCCUUCUGACCCAGAUUGCAGAUGGAGAUGACAGCAACAAACUAGUGAUGGCCGAGGCCGGACUGAUUGCCGUCCUCCACUUGGGGUCGAGAAACGCGCGGCUAAGUGCUGUCAGGGCCCUCAACGAGCUUUUUGACGCCGACCACAUCAGAAACUCCGACUUGUCCGUGCAGGCCGUCCAGCCGUUGGCCGACAUGCUGGGGUCCACAUCCGAGUGCGAACAGGCGGCCGCCCUCAACACACUGCUCAAGCUGACCGCCGGUAACAACUCGAAAGUUGUUGUCCUGGUUGAGGCCGGAGGCAAUCCUCUGCGCAGUCUGCACAAAAUCCUAUCAUCCCCAUCUUCUUCUCUGGAGCUGAAGACGGAUGCUGCUGAGCUAUGUUGUGCGAUCUUCGGCAACCCGAGGGUCAGGGAAAUAAUACCCAUGAUUCCGGAAUGGUUGGAGCCCUUAAUUUUUCUGAUGAAAUCUGAUAGGGAAAGUGCCGUGGAGUCUGGAGUUUGCGCUUUCGAGCGGUUGCUGGAUGAUGAACGUCAGGUGGAGAUCACUUCGGACCAUGAUUUCGUCGGUAUACUAGUCAGUCUCGUCUCUGGAUCAAAUUAUCGUGUCAUCGAGGCAAGCAUUAGCUCGCUCAUCAACCUGGGGAAAGACCGGACCCCACGCAAGCUGGAUAUGAUGAAUGCGGGUAUCAUAGAUAAAUGUCUGGAUUUACUCCCUAAUGCUCCCAACUCGACCUGCGCCAUGAUUGCGGAGCUUUUCCGCAUCCUGACCAACAGCAGCGCAGUCUCCAAGAGCCCCUCGGCCGCUAAGAUUGUGGAGCCGCUCUUUAUGGUGGUGCUGAGGACGGACAUCGGGCUGUGGGCUCAGCACAGUGCUCUCCAGGCACUUGUGAACAUCCUGGAGAAGCCCCAGAGUCUGUCGGCCCUAAAGCUUUCCCCCAGCGAGGUCAUCGAGCCCCUCAUCUCGUUCCUGGAGUCCCCGUCCCAGGCCAUUCAGCACCUAGGCACCGAGCUUCUCUCCCACCUGCUUGCCCAGGAGCACUUCAAGCAAGACAUCACCACAAAAGCUGCGGUUGUCCCCCUCAUCCAGCUGGCAGGGAUUGGUAUCCCUAAUUUGCAGCACACGGCAAUCAAGGCACUGGAGAAGAUCUCAUUGAGCUGGCCCAAGGAAGUUUUCAAUGCAGGCGGUGUCUUGGAGCUGUCCAAAGUGGUGGUCAAGGAUGUGGAUGGCCCUCUGUGGGAGUGUGCAGCCUCCGUGGUCUCGAAUCUAGUCCAGUUGGACGCUGAGUACUACCUUGGCAUCCCCGUUGAGGCGCUCGUCAAGAUGCUACGCUCGUCCUCUCAAACGACCGUGAGGGUCGCCCUCAACAGCCUCAUUAUCCAAGAGAAGACGAAAAUCUUGAGUGCCAAGGCUGUGGCGGAGGCUGGCGCCAUCGACUCGCUGCUCGACCUUCUGCGAUCCCACGAGUGCGAGGAGGGUGCGGCCAGGCUGCUAGAAGCCUUGCUCAACAGUAGACAUGUGCGGGAAAAUAUGGCUGUUAAGCAUGCGAUUGCGACCCUUGCUCAUUAUCUGGUGGACCCGCACACGGUGUCCGAGACGGCCCGGCUGCUGGCAGCACUUGCGUUAGGGGACCUGUCGCAGCAUGAGGGGUUGGCAAGGGCCAGCGACUCGGUGGCAGCGUGUCGGGCGCUGGUCGAGGUGCUGCGGCUGCAGCCAACGGAUGAGAUGAAGAUGGUGGUCGUGUGCGCGCUGCACAACUUUGUGAUGAAGAGCCGCAACAAUAGACGGGCUGUGGCCGAGGCUGGCGGGGUUGUGUCCGUGCAAGAGAUGCUACUCUGCCCCAACCCGGACCUCGUGGCACAGGCCGCUGUGCUCAUCAACUUCCUCUUCUCCAACCACACACUGCAGGACUACGUUUCCAACGACCUCGUCCGUUCCUUGACAGAUGCUCUAGAGAGAGACCUACGGUCAACAACUACUGCAAGUGAAGAGGUGUUGAAGACUAUAAAUGUCAUCUUCUCCAAUUUCCCCAAGCUUAUUAUUUCUGAGGCAGCCACGCUUUGCAUUCCCCAUUUAAUAUAUGCCCUCAAGUUCGGGGGUGAGCUGGCUCAGGACUAUGUGAUGAGCACUUUGUGCCUGCUCAAGCAGUCAUGGUCGGCUAUGCCGCUGGAUGUGACCAGGUCUCAGGCUAUGAUUGCAGCCGAGGCCAUCCCUACUCUGCAGAUGCUUUUGAAGGCUGGCCCACCGAGUUUUCACGACAGGCUAGAAAGCUUGUUGAGUUGUUUACCGGGAUGCUUAACGGUGUUCAUCGGGCGAGCUAAUAAUUUGAAGCAUGGUGGCACGAGUGCUUUUUGCCGGUUGGCUAUAGGCAAUUGCCCCUCUAGGCGCACUAAGGUUGUGAGCCAUAACACCUCACCAGAGUGGAAGGAAAGAUUUACGUGGGCCUUUGACGUACCACCAAAGGGGCAAAAGUUACAAAUCGACUGCAGAAGCAGAAGCAGAAGUACUUUCGGAAAGACAUCUCAUGGGAGAGUCACAAUUCAAAUUGACAAAGUUGUAACUGAAGGAGUAACCAGUGGUGUUUUUAGCCUCGGUCAUGAUAACGGCCAAGACAGCUCCUCAAGAACGCUCGAACUCGAGAUAACAUGGUCAAACAUGGUUGAAUAA